UUUUGGGGGCGGGGGUGAAGACACAAUAUGUCUGACUGCAGGAGAGAGUGGAACCGGGAGGAUGAGCUGCCGGUCUACCUGGCGGGGCCGACCCCCACCGGGCAGCACCAUCGGAAAUCCUACGGCAUGUUCAGCUCCGUGGAGGGGGCGUUCGAGAGCAAGACCAUCGACUUCGACAACUACGCGGUGGGGAGGAGAGGGAGCCGCACCCCGAGGAGCGGCAGCCGGGAGAGGCUCUUGGACCCCGGUGAUGCAGCCACCGGGAAGACGCCCGGCAGCAACCAGGCUCAGGAGGGGUCCGUUGGCAACUCGCCAGGGGAGGGCGACGACUCACACGUCGGUGUCGAGGUCAGACACCCAUCGGGGAAGGAAACCCCUGAUGGAAAGAGUGAGAAGCUGCUGAUCAAAGGAGGGCGGGUUGUCAACGAUGACCAGUCUUUCUAUGCAGACGUCUACAUUGAGGACGGGGUCAUCAAGCAGGUGGGGGAGAAUCUGGUGGUCCCGGGGGGAGUCCAGGUGAUCGAGGCGAACGGCCGCAUGGUGAUACCAGGGGGAAUAGAUGUCAACACCUGUCUGAUGAAGCCCUUUCUGGGCACCCAGCCUGUCGAUGGUUUCCUCCAAGGCACCAAGGCUGCACUUGCUGGAGGCACUACCAUGAUCAUUGACCAUGUGACCCCCCAGCCCGGGGACAGCCUGCUGGAGGCGUUUGAGCACUGGCAGGAGGCUGCGGAUAAGAAGGCCUGCUGUGACUACUCCCUGCACGUAGACAUCCCCCAGUGGAAUGAGACUGUCACAGAUGAGUUGGAGCUGCUGGUGCAAGAGAAAGGUGUCAGCUCGUUCCAGGUGUACAUGGCUUAUAAGGAUCUGUACCAGAUGUCAGACUCACAGCUCUACGAGGCGUUCUCCUUCCUGAAGCAGCUCGGUGCUGUGGUGUUAGUUCAUGCUGAGAAUGGAGAACUGAUUGCUCAGGAACAGAGAAAAAUCCUCGGGAUGGGAAUCACUGGACCGGAAGGCCAUCCUCUGAGUCGUCCUGAAGAGCUGGAGGCAGAGGCAGUGUUCCGUGCCAUCACUCUUGCUAACCGCGUGAACUGUCCUGUCUACAUCACAAAGGUGAUGAGCAAGAGUGCAGCUGACACCAUCGCCCAGGCCCGGAGGAAAGGUUCUGUAGUAUUUGGCGAGCCGAUCACAGCCAGCCUGGCCACGGACGGUUCUCACUACUGGAGCAAGAAUUGGGCCAAAGCGGCAGCUUAUGUGACGUCUCCUCCUCUGAGCACUGAUCCCACAACUCCAGACCAUCUCCAAACACUGCUGGCUUGUGGGGACCUCCAGGUGGUGGGCAGUGCUCACUGCGCCUACAGCACGUCUCAGAAAGCCAUCGGUAAAGAUGACUUCACCCUCAUCCCCGAGGGAACCAAUGGCGUGGAGGAGAGAAUGGUUGUCGUCUGGGACAAGGGCGUGGCCAUGGGGAAGAUGGACGAGAACCAGUUUGUGGCCGUCACGUCCACCAACGCGGCUAAAAUCUUCAACCUGUACCCACGUAAGGGCCGGAUAGCGGUGGGCUCCGACGCCGACAUCGUCAUCUGGGACCCUGACAGCACCAAAACCAUCUCAGCCAGGGUCCAGCAGUCGGCUUCCGAGUACAAUAUAUUUGAGGGCCUGGAGUGCCGCGGAGGUCCAGCGCUGGUGCUGAGUCAUGGUCGGGUGGUUUGUGAGGAUGGGAAGCUGCAGGCUCAGCAGGGCACCGGCCGUUUUAUCCCCUGCAAGCCCUUCUCGGACCAGGCUUACCAGCGCGUCAAGUUCAGGGACCAGGUGAAGGCGAAGCAGGGUGUUACUCGGGCUGUCACUCGUGGGAUGUACGAUGGUCCUGUGUCUGAGGUUGUUCCUACACCCAAAUAUAUCAGUCCUUCUCCGUCAGCAAAAACAUCCCCCACCUCGACCCAUCCACCACCAAUACGCAAUCUGCACCAGUCCAACUUCAGCCUAUCAGGGGCUCAGCUUGAUGACAACAUCCCACGUCGCUCCGGCCACCGUAUUGUGGUGCCCCCCGGUGGGCGCUCCAACAUCACCAACCUCUGUUGAAUGUGUGACUGUGCACAAAGUGUGUUGUAGAGGUUUCACCUCUUGAGUGUGUUCGAGUGUGUGUGUGUGUGUGUGUAUGGCCGCGAGUGUGAGCACACAAGCAGGAAUGAACACCAUUGUAUUUUUGGUUUUACUACAAUGGUGACACACUCUGUUUAGCCUAUUAUGAUUUAAUCAAUUUGCCUUCAGUCGCUGAGAAGAAAUGCAUUUGCACUACAAAUCAAAUAAGAGUGAUUUUUAAUCAGCCAAUUCAAUCAGAAACAUGAGUAACUCACAAUCAGGGCACACACACACACACACACACACACACACACACUCAGACACACCUGGUGUUAAAACACCCUCCAAGCACCUAAACGUGACCCCAGUUUGACAUAAUAGCGUUCUUGUCUCCUCUCCCCCGUGAGCAUGACUUCCUCCGUACUCUUCCUCACUUCCCAUGUCUUGCUGUGUGACUCUGCUCAGACAUGGUGCUCCUCCUCUCCACAGACUUUGGUGGACGGCUAAAGAAACAAAAAUGUUCUCUUGCUUCCGAUUUUCUUUUUUGAAUAGUGGCAAUAUCUGUUUCAAUGUGACUCAAGUGGAUCAGUUAUAGGCUUCAGUGUGUAUUGCAUGGACGCGUCUUUAGAGUUGGCACUACUUGUACUUAGAAUUGUACUCAAGGCACAUUUGUAACUUACAGCACAAGUGUCCAGUAUUUUCAUAUUGUUUAACGGAUGCUUAUCGAACAUAAGUACAUUAACUUAACUGUGGGUAUAGAUCCAGCUUUGACCAGGUCCAAAACAUAACUGUGAACUUCAAGAAAAGCAAUGCAACUUCCACUUGAUCAGAUAAAAUAUGCAAUAUAUUACUAUUCAGUGUUAUAACUAGAUGAGCCGUUGAAACAAAAACAGUUGUGUGCUGCUGAAUGAACUUUUCUGAUGGCUUUACCUGCAUAUUUAGGGUUUCAUAGUAAAGACGUUAGGACGUGUGUGUGUGCUAGUUUCUUGCAGAUCACUCCUGCCACAGAUGGAUUUGUUGUAAUGACAUGUUGAACUCACUGCUGUAAAAAGGGCUCCACCUCCUGCAUCACCACAGAACCACAUUGACAAUCAUCUUAAGCUGUUUUUAUUUGAGUGAUUUAUCGUAUUGAUUCUGGAUGUUUUUAGUGUUUCUAUGCUGCUCUGUUUUUGUUGCUGUCACCUGGUGUCUCCAAUGGAACCACUAAUGAUCAAUAAAGACUUGA